AUGCCUUCAUCCUACCCCUACUCAUCCGGUGGCAAGUACGGCAUUAGAUCUAAGUAUGGCACUAGUUCAAUCUCGCACUCUUGUGACUAUGACGACCUAGACUCAGCCUAUGGAUCAUCCAGCAAGACUUCCAGCUUGUAUGGCGGUUCGAGUUUUAAGUAUGCAGGCUCUGAGUUUGACACGGAUUACGAUUACAAGAGUAGUGGGUACAAGUCUAGGUAUGGUGCGAUGCCAUACGACGACGAGACCACAAGUCGUUCGUCUAAGUCCUCGUAUGGUCGUACUGACUCACGUCCUGACUAUGAGCGUACCGCAGACUAUGAUCCUGUCGAGGUCACCGAGUACGACGAUUCUCGCAUCGGAGGCUACUCAACAAACUCCAAUGCGACUCUUCGUCGCCCCGCCACAGCUCGCGGCAUCUCACCUCCUUGCAGCGAUGCUGAGCGCCCCCGUCGCCAGCACUCAUACUCUGAUCACCGCAGCGUCAGUCCCUUGGGAUCGUCCCGAUUCGAGAACCGCUCGGACUAUUCUAGCCGGCCUCUUGGUCGCUCGUCCACUGUUCGUGAGACCCCGAGCUACGGUGAUGAUGGUUACUAUGGUAAGUCUGACACCACCUCGGGCUACAAGGGUGCUGGACUGUCGCGUAGCAAUGCCGUCCGUGGUCGCGGUCUCAGCGCUACGAACGCUCGUGGCUUUGGUAGUAGCACUGGAUACUCGUCGUCUUCUAGGUCUGGCUCUUCUGCCAAGAAGUAUGGAACAGAUUACGAUCUGUACUGA